CCGGACGUGACGUCAGGACAUGCGCCCUGUGAGUGUAAAGUUGCCAGAUUCCCCGGUCAUUCUGGCAACCCCGGCUGCAGCCGGGGUUCAAUCUGGCAACACAGGUCCCCUUUGCAGCUGUAACAUAAUGGUCAUACUGGGAGGAGAACAAGGACCUUAGUGGUAUGUUCUCGUAUAAACUAAAGCACACUUACUAAAAAAAACAGAUGAGCGAUCAAGCAACACUUUCGUUUGUUGUUUACUCCGUCUCCGCGCUUCGUUAUGAUUGGUCGUCUUCGAUAACUACUUCCCGAUCACAUGGACCCUGAUUGGUUUGCGGCGGACGUACCGGAUACCUGACCUGUGCAUCCGUGUUAUUUCCUCCGGCCCCUUCGGCGCCGGUAACAUGGCAGAGGUCAGUCAGAGACUGAGCACCGGCGCCCACGGGUUGUCCGCACUGCUGCGGACCCGGGGUCGACCCGUCCUCCCGGUCCGAGCAGCGGCUCGGUCCCCCGGCUGGGAUCCCGCCGGAGCUGGAAGUCCCGGAGGUCCUGGACGAGGAGCCCCCCGUGGAGGUCCGGUAGGAGCCGCGGAGUCCGCUGAAGGUCUGUGCGAAGAUAAGCCGGGUUCAAAUAUCAAAACAACCGCAGACAGGCGCUCAAAGACUCGAAAACGUUACGUAAUUAAAAAUGCUACUGAAAACCGGGCAUGGUGGAGUUUGAUACCGCCGGGUCCCGAUGUAUACCCGUUUGUCGAACUGAUCCAAGACUGGCACGUGCAUAAAACAGCGUUACACGGUUCCCCAGGUGUUCAGUCGGGGGUCCGGGUGGGUCUGCUGCCUGGUAGGAUGACCUGCUGGAGCAGUAAAGCAGAUGUCGUGGCCGUUCCUGUCCUUCACGAAACUUUUACCUCAGCCCAGCUCCUCAGAGAGUUCAGCACGCUCAGCACAGGCCUCUCAGCAGGCCACCCUCUUGGACCUCCACCCCGUCCCCUCCCCCUCCUGGAGCUCCGGGCCCCCGCAAGAGGCUACAGCGGCCGCCCCACGAAGGAGACGGGGCCCCUUUACCGGAGCAGGACGGCCUACUACGACCUCCUCAAGGUGUCGCCGCACGCCACCCAGUCCCAGAUCAAGACGGCCUACUACCGGCAGUCCUUCCUCCUCCACCCCGACAAAAACCAGGGCGACCAGGAGGCGGGCCGCCGCUUCUCGGAGGUCAGCGAGGCGUACGGCGUGCUGGGGAACCUCGCCCUGCGCCGGAAGUACGACAGCGGCGUCCUGGCCGCGGCCGACCUCAACGGCGCCGCGAGGCCCUCGUCCAGGGAGGCCCCCAGCCGGCGGCCGGGGCCCCACCACCACCAGCAGCACCAGCAGCAGCAGCAGCAGUUCUCGCGGGUCGGGGGCCGGCCCAUGUUUGACUUCGACGCGUUCUACCGGGCGCACUACGGCGAGCAGCUGGAGCGCGAGCAGCGGGCGCGGGCGAGGAGGGAGUGGCUGGAGGAGCAGCGGAGGCGGAGCCGGGAGAAGUGGAGGCGGAGUAAGGUGAUGGAGCUCACGGUGGGGUUCCUGCUGGCCGUCGGGGGGCUGAUCCUGAUCAACACCCGCUGAGGACCCCGGGGUGUGGGGGGAGGAGGGGCGGGGCUUCAGAGAGGACCGGCGGGGCUCCAGAGAGGACCGGCGGGGCUCCAGAGAGGACCGGCGGGGCUCCAGAGAGGACCGGCGGGGCUCCAGAGAGGACCGGCGGGGCUCCAGAGAGGACCGGCGGGGCUCCAGAGAGGACCGGCGGUUUUGAUUGGUUGCUGAUGUCGCACAACGCCAGAUGAUUAAAGCUAUUUAUUGUUGAGGUACCCCGUGGAAGUGGUUUGUGUCGAGGCGUUUGGACGUUGAAGACGGACGCUGUCGGACGCUCUGACCUCACUGGAGUCGCUGGGAGCGAAACACUGACAUCAACAGGAGGAACUGGUUGACAUCCACCUGCUGAAUACAGACUGUACUGUGUACUGGUUGGUCCUGUUGGUGGUCCUAUUAGUUCACCGUUCUCUCAGGAAGGAAUUUAUUAAACAAAGAAUCCCCAAUGAAAUCGAGUUAAAGUAGGGUUUUUGUAAUGUAAUAUGCUAUAAUGAGAUGAGUUUAUUCAAGUUAACAUUAUUUAUUCCACAAACGCAUAAAAUACAUGAAAAGAAAGGACUUGCUGUCCUCCUUAAAAAAGAAAAGGUACACAUGAUUAACGCAGUAUUGCAAUUAUUAUGCAAUACUUAUAUUUCAACACUUUUAAACAAGAUCUAACUGUUUAAUAUUGUCAAAUAGCUGAUGGGAGAAAACCGAUUAACUUCAACUACCAUAAGGGAAGCAGGUCUAACCAGUUGACAGAGGCACCAGUUUGACACUGGUAUUGUGGUGGAUAAUGGGAAGUAAUUGCUAAAGGAUGAAAUAUAAAAAAUGAAUAAUGUGCUUCAUUCUUAAUGAUUGUUCCUUUCAGUUCCAACUAGUGGCCUGUAGGGGGCAUUGGCAGCCAUUAGAACGAUGAGCUCCCUCUCAGAGGUAUCAUUAAGUGGUGGUGUAGCACGGAUAUUGGGUCUGUUCUCCUUCAGUCUACCGACAUAACAGUGGCUAGCUGCAUAACCAGACUGACACCGCCCUGAACAGUAAUACUGACCUACUGUAUAGUUGAUUGAGUGGUGCCCCUGCUGUUAAUCAGCACAGAUCCAAUGUCCUUAAAGUUGCAUAUGCACACACACAAACAUAAUAUAUCAGUGGAUCAGAAGACAGACAAAGGCACAUCUGUUGGAUUAAAAAUAAACCACCAAGCCAAAUGCUCAUGAAUCGAGCCCUUUUGGUUUCAGUUUUAUUUUCUCUGUAACACUAAGGUUCUCCACAAGAGAACUUUCUCUCGAGUUUUGUUAAACUCUGGAUUAAAAAUAAACCACCAAGCCAAAUUCUCAUGAAUCGAGCCCUUUUGGUUUCAGUUUCAUUUUCUCUGUAACACUAAGGUUCUCCACAAUUUCUUAUAGGGAUAAAUAGUAAGGCAUAAUAAUGUUCGAUAUCACAAGAAGUCAUGCAACAAUAUGCCGAGUAUUUAACAAGGAACUCCAAAUUGUAAUUAACAAAAUAUACACACACAUUUUGCUACAGUUCGAUCACGUUUUAUUCACAGAAAUAUAAAGUAGAAUGUCAAGUACAUCACUUUGUACAAAACUGCACAGACUUUUCAAAACUCAGCCAAACAACAGAAAUCAGCUCUAGUGUUAGGAAAAGAAAAUUACCAUCUUCUCUAGUGACCAACCGAGGAGAUUUCUUCACGGAGAAUCAAAUUGUACAUAAAUAAAACUAGAUUGGAAAAAGUCUUUUAAAACUGUCGAGAAAUAAAUACUUCAAAAAAUAGGAUUUAAAUUGGCACAUAUAGCUGUCUCUGCAGCUCCCGGUGAGUCUGACAGGACUGAAGACUUCCAUCCCCUAAACGGGAACUACGUGACCCUGGUCGAAAAGACAGAAGCAUCUCCAUGGUGCGGUCGUUCCAACUCAUGUGCUCUUUGUUUUAAAGCGGGUAU